AAUAGCAAAAAAUGUUCUGGAAAUGUAAAUUCCAUUACACAACACAAACUCUUUUAUCUCUUUUAAUUUUUAAUUCACAGCAACAACAUGCUCCACCAACUCUCACUAACCACAAUCUAACUGCAUAUUCUCAACCUCUCAAUUUGUGAUAUCUAUCCACCAAUAAGGGGCCGCCACGUCGUCCUUUUACAAUUGGAGCUUGCAUUUCCAUGUAGUUCAUGCCAAGAUGAUGCUUCCACAUUUAUUAUACCUAACUUUAGAUAUCAAUACACAAACAUUUCAUGACCACUUUCUCUUUCUUUUUCUUUUUUUUUGCUUUGUUCUAUACUUCUUAUAGAUGUUUACAUCCUCGCAAUUAAGGUUACGUACUUAUAUCGCCUAUUCGUACCACAAAGAUAUGGAAGUGGUCGCUGUCGUAGUUGUUUUUCUUUGUGUUGCGUUGAUCUUCUUCUCCAAGCUUCUUCUUCUUAGGAAGAGAUUUCGAAGAUUACAACUAAGGCUCCCGCCGGGACCACCGCGGUGGCCCCUUGUCGGUAACCUCCCCCAAUUGGGCCCCCGUCCCCACAGGGACUUGGCCCGAUUCUGUUCGAUAUACGGGCCGAUCGUGUACCUUCGCCUCGGGAAUGUCGACGCAAUCACGACCGACGAUCCGGACGUCAUCCGCGAGAUCUUGCUCAGGCAAGACGACGCGUUCGCCUCCCGGCCCCGAACAUCUGCAGCCGUCCAUCUAGCCUACGGGUGCGGGGACGUGGCCCUGGCACCGAUGGGCCCCGGUUGGAAAAGAAUGCGGAGGAUCUGCAUGGAGCACCUGCUGACCACGAGGCGGCUGGACUCGUUCGCGGCCCAACGGGCCCAGGAGGCCCAACACCUCGUCGGGCUCGUCUGGGCCAGGGCCCAGGCCCGAGAGCCCAUAAAUCUUCGAGAAGUCCUCGGAGCCUUCUCCAUGAACAAUGUGACGAGGAUGUUGCUCGGGAAGCAAUGCUUCGGUUCGGAGUCAUCCGGGCCGAGCGAAGCGACCGAGUUCAUGCGCAUCACCCAUGAGUUGUUUCGGCUGCUAGGGGUGAUCUACCUCGGCGACUACUUGCCUUUCUGGAGGCGGUUUGACCCGACCGGGUGCGAGAGGAAGAUGAGGGAGGUGGGAGAGAGGGUGGAUGAGUUUCACCAAAAGAUCAUUGAAGAGAGAAAGAAGGGAGAGAAAGAUAUGGGAGGUGAUGAUUGUAAAGAAGAAAUGGACUUUGUUGAUGUGCUACUCUCUUUACCUGGUGGAAAUGGAAAGGACCACAUGGAGGAUGUAGAGAUUAAAGCUCUUAUCCAAGAUAUGAUUGCCGCGGCAACCGAUACUUCCGCGGUGACAAACGAAUGGGCCAUGGCGGAGGUGAUAAGGAGCCCACGGAUCCUCCGCAAGGUCCAAGAGGAGCUCGAUACGGUAGUGGGCCGGGACCGGAUGGUGGCUGAGUCGGACCUGGCCCACCUGAGCUACCUACGGUGCGUCGUCCGCGAGACCUUCCGGAUGCACCCGGCGGGCCCGUUCCUCAUCCCGCACGAAUCGAUCGUCCCGACUAAGCUGAUGGGCUACGACAUCCCGGCCCGCACUCGCGUGUUCAUCAACACGCAUGCUCUCGGCCGGAACCCUAGAAUUUGGGCCGAGGUGGACGAGUUCCGACCCGAGAGGCACUGGCCGGAGGAAGCAGGCCGGCGGGUCGAGAUAAGCCACGGGCCGGACUUCAAGAUCCUGCCGUUCGGGGCGGGGAAGCGGAAGUGCCCCGGCGCGCCGCUGGGCACGGCGAUGGUGCUCAUGGGCUUGGCUAGGCUUUUCCAUAGCUUCGAUUGGGCCCCGCCCGACGGGCUCCGGCCCGAGGAUAUUGACACUGAGGAGGUGUAUGGAAUGACAAUGCCCAAGGCCCAGCCACUUAUUGCUGUGGCCAAGCCCAGGUUACCUCCACAUUUGUAUUGUUGAUUUUGUUUCUUAAAAAUAUGAUAGAUGAGAAAAAAGGGGGAAAAAAAAAAGUAUGGUAUAAUGUCAAAUAAUAAUUAAGCACUUUUUUCUACUUUUUAUU